AUGACCACAAACUUUUUAAGACUUGACACCUUUAGCAUAAAUUUGUUCUGCUAUCAUUGGCAAAAAUCAAUCUGUCAUAGCUACAAAUAUAGAUGGUUUGUACUCACUACUGAAGCAUUAAGUUAUUAUGAUGGCACCAUUGAGAAACGAGGUAACAGGAAAGGUGAAAUCCUUGUUGACACAAUACGUGGAAUUGAAGAGGUUGACAACCUCUCGUUAGACUUAAAUAACAAUGUCUUUCAGGUGGUUUAUCUGGAAUCUAAUGACUGCUACACUUUGUACAUUGUAGCUGAAACAAAAAGGCAAAGAGAAACAUGGAUUAAAAUGCUUAGAGAUGUGUGCAAAGGCAAAUGCUCAUCAUUUUUUUCAAAGUACCAUCCAGGAGUAUGGACAAAGAGUUUGGAUAAGUACACAUGCUGUGAUCAAAUAGAUCGAAAAGCACCAGGAUGUGAAUUGUCAUUUACUGAAAGACAUGAUGAUAUGCCAUCUGUUGGUAAGCAUCAUGGUUAUACUGCAAAUCCUACAUCUGAAAACACUGAAAAGACUUAUAUUGCUAUAUAUAAUUUCAAGCCUAUGGCUGAAGGUGAUCUUCAACUUUUUAAGGGCGAGCGAUAUGAAGUUCUAGAUAACUCCCUUGAACAUUGGUGGGUUGCAAAAAAUAAAAAUGGCCAUACUGGAUACAUUCCAUCAACUUAUGUGAGAAAAUUAUGUGAUUUAGAAAUAUACGACUGGUAUUAUAAAGAUAUAACCCGACAAAAAUGUGAAGAAUAUUUAUUAAAUGAUGGACGAGAUGGUUGUUUUAUGGUGCGAGAUUCAACAACGAAUAAAAUCUUCUAUACCGUAUCUUUAUAUGCCAAUGGCAAGCCAAGGCACUACCUUAUAAAACAAAUAGAUGGAAAGUUCUAUUUAGCAGAAAGAUGUUACUUCAGCACUGUUCCAGAACUCAUUAAUUAUCACAAACAUAAUGCAGCAGGUCUUGAAACAAGAUUGCGUUUUCCUCCUCGUCAUGGUCAAAAGACUGCUCCAACAACAGCAGGUUUUGGGCAUGAUCAUUGGGAGAUUGACCCUUCAGAACUAGUGAAAGGCAAGGAGUUAGGCACUGGGUGUUUUGGUACGGUAUAUGAGGCUUGGUGGAAAGACAACAUUGUGGCUAUAAAACUCAUGAAGCCUGGUUCAAUGUCUGAAGACAGUUUUAUUGAAGAAGCAAAAACAAUGACUCAACUGAGUCAUCCAAAUCUGGUACAACUCUAUGGUGUGGUCACCAAACAACAACCUCUUAUAAUCAUCACAGAAUUCAUGAAGCAUGGGUCAUUAUGGCAGUUUUUAAAAAGCAAAGUGCCUGGAAUUUUAAAUGAAACAGAAAGAUUGAUAAUGUUUUGUGUUGAUGUUUGCAAAGGAAUGAAAUAUUUAGAAUCUAGAAAAUGUAUCCAUCGAGAUUUGGCAGCAAGAAACUGUUUGGUUGGUCAGAAUUAUGUUGUUAAAGUUGGAGAUUUUGGCCUGGCACGGCAUGUAAUUGAUGAUGAAUAUUCAAGUUCUUAUGGGGCCAAAUUCCCAAUCAAAUGGGCUGCUCCAGAAGUCCUUAAAUACACCAAAUUCAGCAGUAAAUCAGAUGUAUGGGCCUUUGGUGUUCUUAUAUGGGAGAUAUUUUCUGGAGGAGAAUUACCAUUUGCUAACAUGUCCAAUGCUGAAGUUGUUGAAAUUAUUUGUAAUAAGGAUGAACGUCUUAAGAAACCUAAAGCUUGCCCACAUUCAGUCUUCACUCAAAUGAUGAACUAUUGGGCUCAGAAAGCAGAAGAUCGGCCUUCUUUUAAAAAUAUUCUUUCUUGUCUUCUGGAAAUUUUGGAAACCUUUAAGCUAAAAUGUUCUUUUAUGGUUGGAGUCCCUUCUUCAGGCAGUAAAUUACAGAAUGCUGAUGAAGCACUUGUCUCCCUCUCUCUUUCAUCACAGAGACUUUCAAUUCUUCCACUUUGCAAUUUCAUCAGGACACUGACUAUCUACUAG